CUCUCGUCCACUCUGUGUCUCCCCCUCUUACAUCACUUACACCCCCUUUCACAACCUGACAAGCUCAUAGUCUAGAUUGCUUCAUUUCCCCCAUCUUGAAACAUAUCAGUCGCCAUGCCGCACUACGCAGACCGAAAAGACCUCUUCCCCAUGCAAGGCGGCUGUCCCUGCGGCCACAUCCGCUACCAAAUCAACCUCCCCCCCCUCAUCGUCCAGACCUGCCACUGCACCCUCUGCCAGCGCCAAAUCGGCAGCGCCUUCGCCAUCAACGCCAUCAUCGAGUCCUCCGCCAUCACCCUCCUCCCAUCCGCCCCCCUCACCACCCCGCCCAGCAAGGCCGACGCGCAAGCAUCAUCAUCUUCUCCAGCCUCAGGCACUGUAUGCGGCGUCCUCCCCGCCUUUGCCGACUUCACCAACGCAGCAACCACAGCAACUGUUCCUCCUCAAUCCACAAGCUCUAGUGCUACCGCUGCUUCUUCCGCUGCUACACCAAACUCUCCCAUCCUGGUGACUAUCCCAACCCAAUCAAAAGUCGGCCAAACCGUCGCCCAAUGCCCCCUCUGCCGCGGCAGCCUGUGGAACUACUACGCAGACGGCGGCCUCUUCAUGACAUACCUCAUCACUAGCACCCUCGACCGCCCCUGGGAGCUCGAGCCCGACGUCCACAUCUUCACCCGCAGCAAAAGGGACUUUAUCACCAUCAACGACGGCAAGCCCCAGUUCGAGGGCCAGUACCCGGACAGGUCCGUCUUCUUCAGGCCCGAGUGCAAGGCCAGGGUCGACGCCCUCUUGGAAAAGCAGGUCGCGUGGAGGAAGCAGCUCAAGGCCGCUUACAAGGCUCAGUUUGCCAAGAUUUAGACAUCUCGAAUCAAGACUCAAUUUGCCAAGAUUUAGACAUCACGAAUCGCUAGGUAUACGAAAAAGAUUAUUGCAUGCACACGCAGGGGACCUUGCAGUUCGUUUUACUCAUGAACUUGUUUAUUUAAAUAUAAAUCUUGACGCCCACCACAACCUCAGUUUCAAAUCAGGGGUAUUUAAAUCCGUAUUCCUCCACAUUUCCGUGCCUCCCUUCUUUUUGGAGCCACAUCUCCCAAUGGGGGGUAUACCAGUAACGUCUUUGCUUUAUCCAGAUCGAAUUUCUCCUUUUUUUGAAUGAUAAUUAUGAUUGUUCCUGCUGUGGAGCAGAUACGUGUAAAAACGUGCCAAAGGUAA